AUGUCUACCGCAUCCAAAGUCACAUUUGCAACUUCUUGCCUCUUUGCAGUUGGAUCGUUCAUCUACAUCAAUAUUGAGCAGCGCAUAGAAAGAGAAAACCUCAGGCAGGGCCCUAUCAAGGAUGCCGAAAGAAUGAGAAAGAAGCUUUCCAAGAAACAGAUGGCAAACGAUUUGGAACAUAAGGAACAGAUUGCAUUACGUGAACAGUAUGAGGCCGUACAGCCGCUAUCGGCAGAAAUUGUCCGAGGCGAGGACUAG